UACGGGCCGACGCGGCGCGGCUCCCGCCCCGCCGGUGACGUGCGGCGCGCGCGGCCCGGCCGCUCCAGCAGUUGGUGCAACGGCGGUUGGGCUGAGUGCGCUCGCUUCACCCCUCCCCUCCUCCGGCCCGGGCCCCCACCCCGCCGGGCCCAGCCCCAGCCCCAGCCCCAGCGGCCCGUCCCGCGCGGGCCCUUGUCGCCCCCUCAGCCGGCGACGCCCCGGGCCGGCCGGCCGCCUGCCACCAUGGAGCUGGAGGAUGGUGUGGUGUACCAGGAGGAGCCCGGCGGCUCUGGGGCCGUGAUGUCGGAGCGGGUGUCCGGCCUGGCCGGCUCCAUCUACCGCGAGUUCGAGCGGCUCAUCGGGCGCUACGACGAGGAGGUGGUCAAGGAGCUGAUGCCACUGGUGGUGGCCGUGUUGGAGAACCUCGACUCGGUGUUCGCGCAGGACCAGGAGCACCAGGUGGAGCUGGAACUGCUGCGGGACGACAACGAGCAGCUCAUCACCCAGUACGAACGAGAGAAGGCGCUGCGCAAGCACGCCGAGGAGAAAUUCAUUGAAUUUGAAGACUCUCAAGAACAGGAAAAGAAGGAUUUACAGACCAGAGUGGAAUCCUUAGAAUCUCAAACAAGACAACUUGAACUCAAGGCCAAAAACUAUGCCGACCAGAUUAGCAGACUUGAAGAAAGAGAAGCAGAACUGAAGAAGGAAUAUAAUGCAUUACAUCAGAGACACACUGAGAUGAUCCAUAAUUAUAUGGAACACUUAGAAAGAACAAAACUUCAUCAGCUCUCAGGGAGUGAUCAACUAGAGUCCACAGCUCAUAGUAGAAUUAGAAAAGAACGCCCUAUAUCAUUAGGGAUUUUUCCAUUACCUGCUGGAGAUGGACUGCUUACACCUGACACUCAGAAAGGUGGCGAGACCCCUGGAUCAGAGCAAUGGAAAUUUCAGGAAUUAAGUCAACCACGUUCUCAUACCAGCCUGAAGGAUGAACUUUCUGAUGUUAGCCAGGGAGGAUCUAAAGCUACCACUCCAGCAUCAACAGUUGCUUCAGAUGUGGCAGCAAUUCCUAGUGAUACUCCUUUAUAUGAAGAGAAUGAAGGAUUUGUGAAAGUUGCAGAUACACCAGAUAAGUCAGAAAUAAGCAAGCAUAUUGAAGUACAGGUAGUUCAAGAAACUAGAAAUGUGUCAACAGGCUCUGCUGAAAAUGAAGAGAAGUCAGAAGUUCAGGCAAUCAUUGAGUCCACUCCUGAGUUGGAUAUGGACAAAGAUCUCAGUGGAUAUAAAGGCUCAAGCACUCCCACCAAAGGCAUAGAGAACAAAGCUUUUGAUCGCAAUACAGAAUCUCUCUUUGAAGAACUGUCUUCAGCUGGUUCAGGUCUAAUUGGAGAUGUGGAUGAAGGAGCAGAUUUACUAGGAAUGGGUCGUGAAGUUGAGAAUCUUAUAUUGGAAAAUACACAACUGUUGGAAACCAAAAAUGCAUUGAAUGUAGUGAAGAAUGAUUUGAUUGCAAAAGUGGAUGAACUUACCUGUGAGAAAGAUGUGCUGCAAGGGGAGUUGGAGGCUGUGAAACAAGCCAAGCUGAAGCUAGAGGAAAAGAACAAAGAAUUGGAGGAAGAGCUUAGGAAAGCUCGUGCAGAGGCUGAAGAUGCAAGGCAAAAAGCAAAAGAUGAUGAUGAUAGUGAUAUUCCCACAGCCCAACGGAAGCGGUUUACUAGAGUAGAAAUGGCCCGAGUUCUAAUGGAGAGAAACCAAUAUAAAGAGAGACUGAUGGAGCUUCAAGAAGCUGUUCGAUGGACAGAGAUGAUUCGCGCAUCAAGAGAAAAUCCAGCUAUGCAGGAAAAAAAAAGGUCAAGCAUUUGGCAAUUUUUCAGCAGACUUUUCAGCUCCUCAAGUAACACUACUAAGAAGCCUGAACCACCAGUUAAUCUGAAGUAUAAUGCACCCACCUCUCAUGUCACUCCUUCCGUCAAGAAAAGAAGCAGUACCUUAUCUCAGCUCCCUGGGGAUAAGUCCAAAGCCUUUGAUUUCCUUAGUGAAGAAACUGAAGCUAGUUUAGCCUCACGCAGAGAACAAAAGAGAGAACAGUAUCGUCAGGUAAAGGCACAUGUUCAGAAGGAAGAUGGUAGAGUGCAGGCUUUUGGCUGGAGUUUGCCUCAAAAGUACAAACAGGUAACCAACGGACAAGGGGAAAAUAAGAUGAAAAAUUUACCUGUGCCUGUCUAUCUCAGACCUCUAGAUGAAAAAGAUACAUCAAUGAAGCUGUGGUGUGCUGUUGGAGUCAAUUUGUCAGGUGGGAAGACCAGAGAUGGUGGUUCUGUUGUUGGAGCAAGUGUAUUUUACAAGGAUGUUGCUGGUUUGGAUACAGAAGGAAGUAAACAACGAAGUGCAUCUCAGAGUAGUUUAGACAAGUUAGAUCAGGAACUUAAGGAACAGCAGAAGGAGUUAAAAAAUCAAGAAGAAUUAUCCAGUCUAGUCUGGAUCUGUACCAGCACUCAUUCAGCUACAAAAGUUAUCAUUAUUGAUGCUGUUCAACCAGGCAACAUCCUAGACAGUUUCACUGUUUGCAAUUCUCAUGUUCUGUGCAUAGCAAGUGUACCAGGAGCACGAGAAACAGACUACCCUGUCGGAGAAGAGCUUUCAGAAUCUGGACAAGUAGACAAAGCAUCUUUAUGUGGAAGCAUGACAAGCAAUAGCUCAGCAGAGACAGACAGCCUGUUGGGAGGCAUCACAGUAGUUGGUUGUUCUGCAGAAGGUGUGACAGCAGCUGCCACUUCCCCUAGUACCAAUGGAACUUCUCCAGUGAUGGAAAAACCACCAGAAGAGCUAACAGAAAAUAGUGAGGUUGAUGAAAAUGUUCCAACAGCAGAAGAAGCAACUGAAGCUACUGAAGGCAAUGCAGGGUCAGCUGAAGAUACCGUGGACAUCUCCCAAACUGGCGUGUACACAGAACAUGUUUUCACCGAUCCUUUGGGAGUUCAAAUCCCAGAAGACCUCUCACCAGUAUAUCAGUCAAGUAAUGACUCAGAUACGUAUAAAGAUCAAAUGUCAGUAUUGCAAAAUGAACAAGACCUGGUGAGAGAGGAAGCCCAGAAAAUGAGUAGCCUUUUACCAACUAUGUGGCUUGGAGCUCAGAAUGGCUGUUUGUAUGUCCAUUCAUCUGUAGCCCAGUGGAGGAAAUGUCUCCAUUCUAUUAAACUUAAAGAUUCGAUUCUCAGUAUUGUACAUGUGAAAGGAAUUGUGUUAGUGGCCCUGGCUGAUGGUACCCUCGCAAUCUUUCACAGAGGAGUUGAUGGGCAGUGGGAUUUGUCUAACUAUCACUUGUUAGAUCUUGGACGACCUCACCAUUCCAUACGAUGUAUGACUGUGGUACAUGACAAAGUUUGGUGUGGCUAUAGGAACAAAAUUUAUGUGGUUCAGCCAAAGGCCAUGAAAAUAGAGAAAUCAUUUGAUGCACACCCCAGGAAGGAGAGCCAAGUGCGGCAGCUUGCCUGGGUGGGUGAUGGUGUGUGGGUCUCCAUUCGUUUGGAUUCCACACUCCGUCUCUAUCAUGCACACACUUAUCAACAUCUGCAGGAUGUGGACAUUGAGCCUUACGUAAGCAAAAUGCUAGGUACUGGAAAACUGGGCUUCUCAUUUGUGAGGAUCACAGCUCUUAUGGUGUCUUGCAAUCGUUUGUGGGUGGGGACAGGCAACGGUGUCAUUAUCUCCAUCCCAUUGACGGAAACGGUAAUCCUCCACCAGGGACGUUUACUGGGGCUGAGGGCAAAUAAAGCCUCAGGAGCAUCGGGAAAUCGUCCUGGAAGUGUCAUCCGUGUAUAUGGUGAUGAAAACAGUGAUAAAGUGACACCCGGGACAUUUAUACCCUAUUGUUCGAUGGCACAUGCACAGCUUUGCUUCCAUGGGCACAGGGAUGCUGUGAAAUUCUUUGUGGCAGUUCCAGGUCAAGUCAUCAGCCCACAAAGUGGCAGCAGUGGCACAGAUCUAACAGUUGAGAAAGCAGGGCCAUCUGCACAGGAGCCUGGCAGCCAGACACCCUUGAAGUCUAUGCUUGUCAUCAGUGGAGGAGAGGGCUACAUUGACUUCCGAAUGGGUGAUGAAGGUGGAGAAUCAGAGCUUCUUGGAGAGGAUCUUCCACUUGAACCUUCUGUCGCCAAAGCGGAAAGGAGUCACUUGAUAGUGUGGCAAGUGUUGUAUGGUAGUGAGUGAACCCAUAGGAAACAGGUGGCGACGGGGAAGUCAUCUCUUCUGCAUGGUUUAUUUUCCCUUUUUCCCUUUAUUUAAUGCUCCCUUUGUGAAAUAAGUUUCACCACAUAAUGUGUGAGCAUUUUUUUCUGUUAACUUUAUACUAUAAAAUCUGUCCUACUGUACCAGUACAGGAACUAGCUGUUUUACUGCACCAGUGUUAUAGGCAAUUUCAGUAUAUUAUGAACAAAUCAAAGAAUGUUUACUUUCUGCAAACUGGUGAAUUUUAGAAAGCAAUCCAGAUGUGGUUUACUCUGCCACAGCUAAUAUCACUUACUUCAUUUAAUGGGGUCACUUUUUAGCUGUCACUUAUAAUGGAAUUAAUGGAAACACUUGAUAAAUGAAACUGUACCGUUAAAUACGAUAGUGACGUUUUCCCCAAUGUAUUAUAAAAUUGACACAAACUAAUAUCAGGUGGAUUAUCAGGAUUUAUCUAAAUGUCCCGAGAGGGCUAAAAGUUAACUGUAAAUUACUUUAACUUUCACUUUCAAAUCUGACAAAUCUUGUUUAUAUGGUAUAUAAAACUUUGUUUUCAUCAGAUUUUGCGGGGGGGUUUUAUAUUAAAGAAAUUAAGACUACACUAUUUAAAUAAAAGUUUCUUGUUUCUGA